AUUGCUUUUAUUCCAGCAAGCUGCAGCCCAUCCUUUCCAGCUCCGAGCAGCCUCGGUCCUCUCGGGUUCCCUGGAGCUGCCUCUCAGAAGCCAUCUCUCCUUCAAGCCCGCAGCCGUCUGCCCCAGCGUGGUGUCUUCCUGGAACCACCAACAGAUCCGUACAAAAGCACGUGGGAACGAAUAUCAACCGAACAACCGCAAGCGCAAACGGACCCACGGCUGGAUCAAGCGCAUCAGCACGCCGGCCGGCAUCGAGGUUAUCCUCCGGCGUAUGCUGAAGGGCAGGAAGUCUCUGACGCACUGA